ACACGAGCAGCGUCUGUCCACCUCUUUGCACAACAACAAACGCGUUGCUCGCAGCAGGAAGAGACGCCGUGGAGAGAGGGAAAGACAUUUCAACAACUCUUCUGUUGAUAAAGACCCUGGAAAAGUGAGCAGUUUGUGGUUAAGAAGACUUAAAGAGGACAAAUAAACCGACGCGUACAGAUUUUUUUCCCAUCAGACUUUCCAGAGCAGCUGUUCCGGACAGUCCACUUCAGCUUACAUGCCUGCAAGAACGGAGAGACUGAAAGAGGAUCUGCUCGCUGGUGAGUUCCUGGGAUGCUCCAGCGACCUGCACCCCAUGCUUUUCUGAGGCCUCCAGAAGCUGAAGACAGGGUGUCAGUGACAGAGCAAAUAACCCCUCUGAGCUGCCACCAUGGCCCUGGUUCAGGCUCUGCCCAUAUCUGCUGAGCCCCACACACCAGGCCACAGUGGUGGAUCUCGAAGACGUCAUUCGUCCAACCCUUCUCCCCCUGCCAACGCGCCCUCCUCUUCCCUGGAACCUAUGGGUUCUGUCAGCAGCCUUAUCGCAACCCGAUCUGGCCCCUACCAAGACCACCGGUCCGGUGUUGAGCUGGGAGGCAGGGUCCGACGGCCCACACCAGGUGCCUCUUGUCUGGGCUCCGAGUCACCCCAAGACCCUUUACUGCAGAGCCGCACCCCGCCAGGCAAGAAGCAAAGUUCUGCAACGUCCAACAGGGUUGACAAGGAGAGGGGGAAUGGAAACUACACCUACCUGAAUGAGGAAUAUGUGGACGACUGGAAUGACAACCAUGUAACACCGCUCAGCCCAAGUGAAGCUGAGGAGUUUAAAGAAGGGUCUGGGCUGAAUGGGAAUAUGGGAGGACCUCCUCCUAAACUGAUCCCUGUGUCAGGGAAACUGGAAAAGAACAUGGAGAAAACAGUGCUCCGACCAACCGCCUUCAAACCUGUUAUUCCCAAGAGCCGUACCUCCAUGCAGUACCUUUCCCCUCGCCAUGGUGCCAAUGUACCAGAUAACCAAAAUAACCUAAACCUGCUGAGCCCCACACACAGAGAUGUGUCACCGUCCUGCUCAGAGAAACGCAGCUCCUACAGUGGGGGACGGAAUGGCGGUGGCAGUAUGGACUCAGGACGUAACUCCCUCUCCAGCCUGCCUCCGUACAGUGGAGCUGGUUAUGGCCUGACGUCAGGGGAGGCCUCCGCUGGUCACCUGGAGCCCAUGAAGAGUGCUCAGCCAGUCAGUGGCCAUGGACAUUCAAACUCAGACAGCGGCCGCUCAUCAUCUAGUAAGAGCACAGGCUCUGGCUCCUUAAGCGGACGAGGACAGCCACUGUCGGACAGUGGGUCCAGUGGCCGGUCCCCUGGCCCCGUGGAGGGCUAUGAGGGGGUUGUGAGGGACCUGGAGGACAAACUGAGGGAGAGGGAGCUGGAGCUGCAGCAGCUCAGAGACAACCUGGAUGAGAAUGAAGCAGCUAUUUGUCAGGUGUAUGAGGAGAAACAGAAACGGUUUGAGCUGGAGCUUGAGGAGCUGAGGCAGAGCUGUGCAACAAGGAUGCAGACGGCCUCACAGAAGGCUCAGCGUGCGCAGCAGGUGCUUCAGUUGCAGGUUUAUCAGCUCCAGCAGGAGAAGAAGAAACUACAGGAGGACUUUGCUCAACUUCUUAAGGAAAGGGAGCAGCUAGAAGAGCGCUGCACCUCCUAUGAGCAUGAAAAGAUUCAGAUGGGGCCCCGCCUCGAGGAAACCAAGUGGGAGGUGUGUCAGAAAUCUGGGGAAAUCUCUUUGUUGAAGCAGCAGCUGAAAGAAGUACAAGGAGAGUUAGCUCAGCGUGUGGGAGAGAUAGUUUCACUGCGGGGCCAACUCAGAGAGACUCGUGGUGAGCUGACAAAUACGCAGGUCCAGCUGCAGGAGGCUCAUGGUACGGUCCGCACUCGCACUUUGGAGCUAGAGGUUUGCGAAAAUGAACUUCAGCGGCGUAAGAGUGAAGCAGAGCUCCUGAGAGAGAAAGUUGGACGACUUGAAGCGGAGAUGGUUCAACUGAGAGAGGCCUUGGCCAAUCAGGGCCCGGGAAACAGACAGUGUCAGGUGUUCCAGGAUGCAGAGGAGCAGCUGCUUGCCUAUGAGAGCGAUGAGGCCAAGGCCCAGCGGCAGAGCAGCACCGAAGCCCUGCAGAACAUGAAGAUGCAAAUGGACAGGAUAACGUCUGAGCUAGCCUUUGAGCGUCAGAGAGCGGAGGAACAAUCGGGCAGCUUUGAGGAGGAGCGAAGGGUAUGGCAGGAGGAGAAGGACAAGGUAAUCCGCUACCAGAAACAGCUGCAGCAGAACUAUGUGCAGAUGUAUCGCAGGAACAGAGAACUGGAGCAGCUCCUGCAGGAACUCAGUCAGGAACUGGAGAGCAGAGAGGAAGACGAGGGCAGCGGCAACGAGAUAAACUUUGAUGAAAUUGCUGCUACAGAAAUAUGAUCCUUUGGAGUUUGCAUUUGCACAACUGUCAGCUGAAAUCAGUUGCUCCCACAUGCCAUAGAUUAGAUCUUUUCAGUUCUGUCAAAAAGUCUCUGUAUGUGUGGAUUUGAAGGAGAUUGGCAUCACUAUUGUAAAAUAAAUACACUGCACAGUACUAGAAGCCACAAUCAGGAACUGCCUCAUAGGUCUACUCUCCAAGGAGUCCCACCUGGUAGCCAGUGACCUCUAUUUGAUGUUUGUAGGCCACAUCAGCCUCUUCUUGCUCCAUUAAUGUCUUUGUUUUUGCACUAACCUGGAAUCGGUCUUCUGGCUCUCUAUCCCAUUUUUAAGAUUCGUGAUUCGAGAGAGAAUUAUUGUGUAUGACUAACAUCACUCAACCUUUCCGUGUCCUCCCACAGUCUUGUUAUGAUUCCACACUCCCUGCUGGCUUUAGCACCAUACUCCCACUCUGUGUUAGCAGUCAGAUCUCAUUAGUUCAGUUAAUUCAUAUGGAGCCAACACUGUUUUCACUUGACAGUAAUUGUGGGAUUCCACACAUUGAGUGCACUAUGACAAGAAUGAAUCAGUCGCAGACAAGUGCUAAUGACAGUGGCUGCACCAUGGGUGAAGAUGUGAAAAAAACCCUGUAUUUUUCCUGUUUUCUCAAAAGCUUUUAUGUAAUGCCAACACAUAACCAUUAGUAGAUCGAUACAGUUUACCUUCUGGAUCAUUCCGAGUGGUCUUGUAGGUCCAGUUAGUGAAAAUGUAUUUUACAACCACUGGAUAGAUGUAUUUGGGCUCUGAUAUCUCCAACCAUUUGUAUCUUGACAGGGAAAUAGACUUUUAAUAGGUUGAUUGUUUUUCAGCAGUCAGCCCUGAAUUAAUAAAAGUAUUUGGCAAGGAUUCACAAACUGUGUAUUAAAGCUUUACAACAAUGUUAUGAACCAUCUCACAUAAUGAAGCGUUAAUGUGAGCAAUGCUAUCUUCACUCUUGUUUAAACAGGCUAUGCCUUUUUGAGUCAUUUAAAACUAUCAUCAGAUGUUAGGAAAUUGGCCUGCAUUGCCUGUUAAAAAUUCAAGUUAUUUUAAUACUUUCAAGUAAAGCCUAAAAUCAGCAUCUCCACCUGAUAUCUUUUUCAUUAUACAAUAAAUGUACAUAAUAUAAAGACAGGUGUUAUCACAGUAGGAAAACACUCCACAAUGGCUCUCAUAUUUAAUUACUUGAACUGUGUAUCUAUUUUCUGUAAGAGAUUGUAAAAGUUGGAUGCUAUGUGUUGAUGUUACUAAUUACAUUAAAACUGAACACAUUUCUAAUGACAGUUAAAUAAUCAAUCGAACUGGUAAUAAACCUCUUAUGGAUUGCUCAUUUGAAUAAAAAGCAAUUAGGGCAGAGGAAAACUAUAACUAGUGUUUUUUCUAUUCUCUAACAUUUUGUAGGAUCAUGGUUCGUAUUAAUCGCCAAGUAAAUCAAUAGUAAAACUAAUCCUCAGUUGAAGCCCUGUUUUUCACUGCUGUCUUGUGAAGUGGGACAACAUGCACUGAAAGCUGAGUUUUUUUUAAGUCAAAGUGGUCUGACCAUGGCCUGACUGUUUCCAUCAGCCCUUAAAGUGUGUAUUUACUUCCCUGUACAGUACAAAGGCGCUCAUUACAACACAAUUAACUCUCCUGCUGCUGAUUCAACAUCCUCUACUGUAAAUAACCCCAGUUACUGGAUGAUAUUUGUACAUAAAGUAAAUGUUUUCCUUCAGAGAUGGCUGUCCAUCUCAAAAACAUAGCCACUGUGAAUAGACCAAAGCAAUGUCACAUGUUCUCUCUAUUUUGCUCCUACUCUAUAAUGCCUGUAUAUUAAUGUAUCUAUGUGUGAAUGUUUGUUCUGGUUUCCUGAUAUGAUUUUAUAAUCACAAUAUUUGUAUGAAGACAUUAAAUGUAUAUUUUCAUGCUGUAAAUUUCUUGAACAAACAUACUAUGUUUUUAAUUAAAAACAAAACUGAAUAAUGGUGUCUCGUACAUUGGUUGAACGGUAGUUUCUUUCAUGAUUCAGCCAAACUGUAUACACCUAAAUCAACAAUCCCAAAAUAAGUUAGAUGUGGGUAAAUACAGAAUGCAAUAACUUGUAAAUCUUAUU